AUGACACCAAAGCUACCACCCCUGAAGGAAGCAAUUCCUACUCACUUUGACCUCUUCUACGACGGUCAAUGGCACAAGCCCAAAGAUGGCUCCCGCCUCGAGACCAUCAGCCCCGGCACCGGCGAGGCCAUCACAACAAUAGCCCAAGCAAAAGCCGACGACGUCGAAGCCGCGGUCCAGGCAGCCCAAAGGGCCUUCCUCGCCUGGAAGAACACAACAAUCCAGGAGCGAGCAACCCACCUGCGCCGCGCGGCCGCGGUCCUGCACCAGCACGCCGAGGAGCUGGCGCUCGUGGACGCGCACAACACGGGCAACCCCGUGGCCGAGAUGAUCAUGGACGCGCACACGGCGGGGGCCAGCCUCGAGUACUUCGCGGGGCUGGCGCCCAUGGUGCGCGGCGAGACGCUCCCGGGGGCGUUCCGCCCGGACGAGUACCUGCACUACACCGUGCGCGAGCCCCUCGGCGUCGUGGCGCGCAUCGUCGCAUCCAACCACCCGCUCAUGUUCGCGGGGGCCAAGCUGGGCGCGCCGCUGGCGGCGGGGAACACGGUCGUCGUCAAGCCGCCCGACCAGGCGCCCCUCGCGGUGCUCAGGAUGGCCGAGCUGCUGGCCGACGUCCUCCCGCCCGGCGUCGUCAGCGUCCUGCCGGGAGGCGCCGAGUGCGGCAGGGCGCUGGCGGCGCACCCUCUCGUCAAGAAGGUGACGCUCAUCGGCAGCGUGGCCACCGGAAAGGCCAUCCAGCGGGACGCCGCGGGCCAGCUCAAGCCGACGCUCCUCGAGCUCGGGGGCAAGAACUGCCUCGUCGCCUACCCGGACGCCGACGCCGAGAAGCUCGCGCAGGCCGUGACGCGCGGCACGAACUUCACCUGGGCCGGGCAGAGCUGCGGCUCCAUGUCGCGCGUCUUCCUGCACGAGAGCCUCCACGACGAGGUCCUCACGCGGGUCGUCGAGCUGGUCCGGGAGAAGUGCCAGCCGGGAGACCCCACCGAUGUCAACACCACCAUGGGGUCGAUGAUCAGCAAGGCGGCGCAGGAUGGUGUGCUGGGGUACAUCGAGUCCGGCAAGGCCGAGGGGGCAAGACUCGUCUGUGGCGGCGGGGUGCCCAAGGUUUUCAAGGAUGCACGUCUCUCGAAGGGGUUCUUUGUGGAGCCGACCAUCUUUGCUGAUGUGUUGCCCGACAUGCGUAUCGCUCGGGAGGAGAUAUUUGGGCCUGUCAUGUCCGUCUUUCGCUGGAAGGACGAGGACGAGGUCUUCGAGAUUGCCAACUCGACUUCCUACGGCCUGACCGCGUCUAUCUUCACAAACGAUAUACUUACGGCCCAAAGAGCUACACGCCGAGUCGAGGCUGGUUUUGUAUGGGUCAACGAUGUUGCCAAGCACUUCUUAAACGUGCCUUUCGGAGGGUUCAAGGAAUCGGGUAUGGGCAAGGAGGAAUGCCUUGAUGAGAUGCUGUCUUUUACCAACACGAAGAGCAUAAGUUGGAAUUUAAUGACAUGA